CUUUAUAAAAAGACUCGAGAAAACGUAUUUCGUAUUUUUCUAAACAGUUCGAUCCAGUGUGUGUCGCAUCAUUGAGAAUCUCGUAUCGUAAAUUCAUUUCAAAAUGUCGAGUAUUAAUAGAAAUCUAUUUAAACGAUUUGUUCUUACGAUUUUUAUUCUCGGAUGUGUUCUCGAACGUUUUCGAUUGAUAGACGGUGCAAUGACGCUCGAACAAAUGCAAAAAACAGCUAUAGGAAUUCGAAAUAGUUGUAUAACGAAGACCGGUGUUAAAACAGAACUCGUGGAUGGAUUGAAGACUGGGCAAUUUCCGGAGGAUCACGAUUUACAGUGCUACACGCAGUGCGUUAUGAAAACAAUUCGCACGUUUAAAAAUCAAAAAGUGGAUGUUGAUAUGGUGAUCAAACAAGUCGAGAUGAUGAUGCCGGUCGACAUGCAGGAUGCAAUGAAAGCUUCCGCAAAAAAGUGCGGAGCAUUGGAACCUGCCGACGACAUAUGCGUGACGGCCUUCAACUACGUCAAGUGUAAUUACAAUGAAAAUCCUGAUAUUUUCUUCUUUCCUUAAAUCCAAUUUUUCAAAUAAAAAAUAAACAAGAAAACAACCAUCAAGAAAUAUCGUCCAAUGGAUCGUAGAAUGGAGGAAGACAAUGUUUCGAUCGAUCAUGCGAACAUUCGUUCAUUUGAGUAUCAUCGUUUGAUUUAUAUUUAAACAAAUAAUUAUAAUACGAUUUUUGUUUUGUAAGACAAUCUUAUUUGUUUGAUUGUACAAAAAAUUAUAAAUAAAACGUAUUAUAAAAUUACACGCUAUUUUAUAUUACCGUACGUUGUUCAUUAAAUGACUUCACAUAAUGAAUUAUUAUUACUAAAAUAUUGUAAAUGUUUAUACCUGAUUAAUUAAUUCUAUUGUUUGACUUUGUUUUAAGCUUGAAUAUUGUCACGAAUUGGAAAUGAAAAAUAUUAUAUUAAAACAUUUACAUUCGAUAAGAUAUCGCAAAUUUGUAUUCGUAAUAAUAUCCAAAUUAUACGUGCAAAUUUUUUGAUUGUGUAAUAAACGAGGGAAAUAAAAGAAAAAAAA